CUCUCUCUCUUAGUUAACUCACCCUUCCACAGUCAUAUCCGAAACUCUCGUUUCUCCUUAACCUUCAUAAUCGUACCCUGUUGUUUCAUAUAUCCAAUUCUACUUCCAAAGUUUCUCGCUGUCUCCAUUCCAAAUUCACUCUUUCUAAUUAACCAUUUUUUUUCUUUCUAAUCCUUGUUUCUGUUCCAUAUAUCAAUGCAUUUUCUCCAUUAUCGGUUCAUUGAUCACAAAUUUCAGCCUUGGAAGCUUCAACAUAGCAAAUAAUUCAAAAGACAUGGAUAAUUCUCAAGAUCAACCACUCCCUCCAGGUGUUCCUUCGUGGCCAAAUUACGCCUUUGCCACUCCCAGUGCCCCCUACAACUUUCAACAAGGAACCCUUUCUCACUAUGGUUUUUCUUCCAAUGCUAAACCAACUGAACAACACGAAGAAAACAAGUCCUUCAAUUCUAACCAUGUUGAGAUCACUGCAGUAGAUGGUGCCACAGUGAGUGCUUCCAAUUACUAUGGAGCACAGUUAACUGGCUCGCGCGACGAUAUCGUUGUUGCUGCUCAGGAUGCCGUGCUGCGUGAACAAGAAAUUGCCAUGCAAAAUGUCAUUAGGAGUCAAAGAGAGGGAAGAACUGUGGAUUCACCUACCAAGGAUAAUUUAGAUUUGUUCUCGGAGCGUCGUGACCCCAAUGCUUUGAAGGAGCAUCUGUUGAAAAUGGCCACAGAGCAUAGGGCUGAAAUGGCUGUGAAGCGUGGGAAAGCUGCACGUGCAGAAGGUAACACAGAAAUAGGUAAUGGAUAUGGUGUACCUGGUGGAGGUGCCUAUUAUGAUGCUCCAACCCUUAAGACUACUGCAGUAGGUAGCAAUGCUUUCAGUCAGCCUGAAUCUAUUCUUGAUAGAUGUUCAGAACAAAAACCUCCAGCUAAAGAAUUGCCUGAGUACCUCAAGCAGAGGUUGAGAGCUAGGGGUAUUCUUAAAGAUGAUACAUGUACCACAGAUCUUAAAGGCACAGCAACUGAAGUUACAGAAAAUAAAAAGUUGCCUCCAGGAUGGGUGGAGGCAAAAGAUCCUGGAAGUGGGGCAUGUUAUUAUUAUAAUGAAAGUACUGGGAAGAGUCAAUGGGAAAAACCUCAAGAAUCAUACUUAACUGAGCAAUCACCAUCAUCUUCGCAUCUUCCAGAAAAUUGGGUGGAGGCAAUGGAUGAAACAACAGGUCAUAAGUAUUAUUACAAUACAAAAACUCAUGUAUCACAAUGGGAGCGUCCUAAUUUAGUUCAGGAAGUUGUUUCAAAUCACUCAGACUUGUCUGCUGGUGGUGGGUAUGAUCAAUCAUCUAAUUUUCCGCAGUGCAUGGGAUGCGGUGGUUGGGGUGUUGGCCUUGUUCAAGCAUGGGGUUACUGCAAUCAUUGCACAAGAGUUCUGAAUCUUCCACAAUGUCAAUAUUUGUCCUCAAGUUUGAAUAAUCAGCAAAGCAGUGCUGCACAUCCCUGUGAAAGUUUGGAUAAAAAGACUAGCAAACAGAGGUCCAGUUCGAAACCUCCAUUUGAUAAGGGAGGUAGAAAAGGGGGCAAGAAACGUACUUAUGCAGAGGAUGAUGAGUUGGAUCCCAUGGAUCCUAGCUCCUAUUCUGAUGCUCCUCGUGGUGGAUGGGUUGUGGGUCUGAAAGGUGUGCAGCCACGAGCAGCUGACACAACAGCAACAGGUCCUCUCUUUCAACAACGACCAUAUCCAUCACCUGGAGCUGUUUUGCGAAAGAAUGCUGAAAUUGCUUCUCAGAAGAAGAAACCAAAUUCAAAUUUUACUCCCAUAUCCAAAAGGGGUGAUGGAAGUGAUGGGCUUGGUGAUGCAGACUAGGACCAUCUUAUCGACAUACAUGAGCACACCUGUCUUGCUAUUUUAUGCCAAGUGGAUGAAAUGUAUCAGAUACAUUUUAGUCUAUUAUUAUCCAUGAGAUCAGGACGCAUUUCAUUGGCAAAACCAUCUGUGUUGUACAUUAAUAUUGUGUGACUUACUGCUAGUACUGGACAAUUUGCAUCACUUAAAUGCUAUAACCAAACGACUGGACAGAAGCCAUAGUUAUACGCAUGACUGGAGUGGAUAUAUUUGAUGCAUUCUGACAGGUGAUGAUAAAAGUUGCACUUGGCUUGGUAGGCAUUCAUGAGCAGAAACAUAUGAUUUUUCACAAUUUGAAAAUUCUAGAAACUAAAGAUUGGGCGAAAAAGGAAAUUCUAAGCCUUCCAGCGUUGUCCGUGCUCUUUCAUUUUGUUCUUAUAAUUAUAAAUGUUUUUCAUUAUGGUACUGUGGGAUUUUAUGAUGGGAGAUAUAUGUAGUCCGGAUCUUUUUCGCUUUCUUUUAGUACCUGUGUACCCUAUUUUCUCUAGGAACUUGGAGCAUUUGGUUUAGAGUAUCAGAUUUCAUGUGGUGUUUUAUUUAUAAAAGAAUGUUAUACAUCAGUUUUGUGGGAAUAAUAGCCCUUUCAUGAGAUUAUGCGAACUUGA